CUUGUUCAACAGGUUUGAGUUUGACUCUCUUGUCUGAUAUCGCAGCAGGAAGCAUGGAGACCUCCGUUCAAGAAGACAAACGCAAGUGCGCGGCCGCCGGCAGCAGCGACGGAGGCAGCAGCGACGGCAUCCGGGAUCAAGACCGGCUGCUCCCGAUCGCCAACGUCGGGCGGAUCAUGAAGCGGACCCUGCCCCCCAACGCGAAGCUCUCGAAGGAGGCGAAGGAGACGGUGCAGGAGUGCGUGUCCGAGUUCAUCAGCUUCGUCACCGGAGAGGCCUCCGACAAGUGCCGCAGGGAGAAGCGCAAGACCGUCAACGGCGACGACGUCUGCUGGGCCCUCGACGCCCUCGGCUUCGACGACUACGUCCAGCCGAUGCGCCGCUACCUCCACAAGUACCGCGAGCUGGAGGGGGAGAAGGACGGCGACGGCCGGACGGUCCCCGCCGCUUCCUCCUCCCCCUCCUCCUCCUCCAAGGCGGUUGGUAGAGACCAUACCGCUGGCGGCGGCGCUGCUCGCUUGACGUUUAACGCCAUGGAUAGAACUAAAAGUAGUGAUGAUCCUUCUACAUCAAGGGGAUUAUUCUAGCCAUUUAGUUAGUUAAUUAAUUUACUACUCUUCGCCUCUUCGAAGUUGGACCUUCAUCCUUUAUUUUGAGGUGCUUGAUUUAUUUGAUCUUGAGUUCUUGAUUUAGUUUCUUUGCUGUUUACUAUGAUUUGUGG